AUGAUUUAUUUUAUUGGUAUUUUUAUUGGAAUAUCUCUUCUUAUAAUUCAUCCAACAGAUGCACAAUGGGCUAGAGUUGGGGCCAGAGGUGGUUUCGGAGGUGGAGGUUAUGGAGGAGGAUGGAACAGAGGAGGAUGGAACAGAGGAUGGGGAGGUGGUUAUAGAAAUUAUGGUGGUAUGGGAAGUGGUGGUUAUGGAAGAGUAGGAUUAGGAUUAGGAUUUGGAAGAUAA